AUGACAGUUACAGUGGAGUCUCAAUUGGUCGGUUCGGCAGACCUGAACUCCAAAUACAUGUCCAAGUAUGAGAUAGUGUGUGAUAUGGGUGAAGGUUUUGGGAAAUACAAAAUGGGCCCGGAUACUGAAAUCAUGCCUCUUAUUGAUGUUGCCAAUGUUGCGUGUGGUUUCCAUGCGGGCGACUAUAACAUUAUGAAACAGAUGGUGACAUUGGCCAAACAGCACAAUGUGAAGGUAGGCUCACACCCAGGACUACCUGACAUGAUGGGUUUUGGCAGAAGGAGAUGGGAAAUUUCUCCCGAAGAAAUAUACAACAUGGUUAUGUAUCAAACAGGGGCUUUGAAGGCCUUCUUGGACGCCGAGGGUAUGCCGUUAAACCACAUCAAACCACACGGUGAGCUUUAUUUCUACAUGGAAAGGGAUGUCGAAGUAAUGAAGGCAGUUCUUAGAGCUGCUAAAGAUUUUGGCGUUCCUGUAAUUGGAGCCAAAAGCUUUACAUACGAAAAAAUCGCAAAGGAAAUGGGCGUCGAUUUGAUUCAGGAAUUAUAUGUCGACAUCGACUGGUGUGUUGAAGGCAAGUUGGUUUCUGUUCAAAAGUCUAGGCCUAAAAAUCCUGAAAUAAUUUAUGAUUCUGUAAUCGAGGCUGGCACUAAUGACAGGGUUAUCUCUUUUGAUGAAAAGGAUGUCCCUUUGAACUUCGGUGAAAAUCCUUUUAUGUUGUGUUUGCACUCUGAUAUGCCAACUGCUCUUGGGAACAUAAAAGCGGCAAGAAAGGCAAUUGACUUGCUAAAUUCCAAGAGAUCUUAG